AUGCUGAUGCUUAUGCUGAUGCUGAUGCCGAUGCUGAUGCUGAUCCUGAAUGUUGAUGCUGAUGCUGAUGCUGAUGCUGAUGCUGAUCCUGAUGCUGAUGCUGAUGCUGAUUCUGAUGCUGAUGCUGAUGCUGAUGCUGAUUCUGAUUCUGAUGCUGAUUCUGAUGCUGAUGCUGAUGCUGAUUCUGAUGCUGAUGCUGAUGCUGAUGCUGAUGCUGAUGCUAUUGCUGAUGCUGAUGCUAUUGCUGAUGCUGAUGCUGAUUCUUAUGCAGAUGCGGAUGCUGAUACUGAUUCUUAUGCUGAUGCUGAUGCUGAUGCUGAUUCUGAUGCUGAUGCUGAUGCUGAUGCUGAUGCUGAUUCUGAUGCUGAUGCUGAUUCUGAUGCUGAUUCUGAUGCUGAUGCUGAUGCUGAUUCUGAUGCUUCUGAUGCUGAUGCUGAUUCCGACGCUGAUGCCGAUGCUGAUUCCGACGCUGAUGCUGAUGCUGAUUCUGAUGCUGAUGCUGAUGCUGAUGCUGAUGCUAUUGCUGAUGCUGAUGCUGAUGCUGAUGCUGAUGCUGAUGCUGAUGCUGAUGCUGAUGCUGAUGCUGAUGCUUAUGCUGAUGCUGAUGCUGAUGCUGAUUCUGAUGCUGAUGCUGAUGCUGAUGCUGAUUCUGAUGCUGAUUCUGAUGCUGAUGCUGAUUCUGAUGCUGAUGCUGAUGCUGAUGCUGACGCUGAUGCUGAUGCUGAUGCUGAUGCUGAUUCUGAUGCUGAUUCUGAUGCUGAUGCUGAUUCUGAUGCUGAUUCUGAUGCUGAUGCUGAUGCUGAUGCUGAUGCUUCUGAUGCUGAUGCUGAUUCCGACGCUGAUGCCGAUGCUGAUUCCGACGCUGAUGCUGAUGCUGAUUCUGAUGCUGAUGCUGAUGCUGAUGCUGAUGCUAUUGCUGAUGCUGAUGCUGAUGCUGAUGCUGAUGCUGAUGCUGAUGCUGAUGCUGAUGCUGAUGCUGAUGCUUAUGCUGAUGCUGAUGCUGAUAUGCUGAUGCUGAUGCUUAUGCUGAUGCUGAUGCUGAUGCUGAUGCUGAUACUGAUGCUGAUAUGCUGA